AUGAUGUUUACAGACAAGGUUGCAAUUAGAGAUGCAGUGAAAGAGUAUGGAAUGGAAAAUCAAAAGAAUGUGUAUAUCAAGAAAAAUGAUUCUAAAAGGAUUGUAGUUAAGUGUAUGGAAGGCUGCAAGUUUCACUUAAGGUUCAGCAUAAGGAAUGGGCAGAAUUAUUGGCAGAUUGUUAGUUAUAGAUGGGGUUCAAAGAUAACUAUAGAUCAAGCAUAUAGGGCUAAAAGAAAGGCUUUGGAAAUGAUCCAAGGUGCUGGUAUAGAUCAAUUCAGACACUUGAGAAGCUAUGGAGAGGAGUUGUUGAGGUCCAAUCCCAAGAGUACUGUGGUUAUUAAAUGUGCAGAAAACAAUGGAAAUCCAGCAUUUGAGAGAAUCUACAUUUGUUUGGAUGCCUGCAAGUCAGGAUUUGCCACCUACUAUAGACCUAUCAUUGGAUUGGAUGCAUGUUUUCUUAAGGGUGAUUAUCGUGGCCAACUGAUGUCAGCUGUAGGCAGAGAUGCAAACAACCAAAUAUAUCCAAUAGCUUAUGUAGUUGUUGAGGCUGAAACCAAAUACUCAUGGCAGUGGUUCUUGCAUAUACUACUAGAAGAUUUAGGAGCAUUCAAUGAUAGGUGUUAUGGCUUUAUUUCUGACCAACAUAAGGGUUUGGUUCCUGCUAUCCAAGAAUUAGGGGACAAUGUGGAGCAAAGAAUGUGUGUCAAACACCUUUAUGGUAAUUGGAAGAAGAAACAUUCUGGUUUGAUGCUUAAACAGGCCAUGUGGGCAGCAGCUAGAGCUACUUGUGUUCCUAUGUUUGAUGGAGAAAUGGAGAAGUUGAAGCUUCUAAAGCCAGAUGCAUGGAAGGACAUGACUGACAUUCCUGCUAAAUAUUGGUCAAGAUCUCAUUUCAAGACAUUUUCAAAGUGUGAUAUUCAGGUUAAUAACAUGUGUGAGGCAUUUAAUAGGGUAAUUUUAGAGCAUCGAGACAAACCAAUCAUAACACUUUUGGAAGGAAUCAAGCAUUAUAUCACAAAGAGGAUAACUAAACAGAAGACAUUAUUACAGGACUAUGAGGGUGUUAUAUGUCCUAGAAUCCAAUUGCUCAUAGAGAAUAACAAACAGGAGGCACAAAACUGGACCCCCUCUUGGCAUGGUGAUGAUGACUUAUCCAUCUUUGGAGCUACCAAUGGAGUUGAGACUUACUGUGUCAAUCUGAAAAAUGAAUCAUGUAGCUGCAGAAAAUGGGAGUUGUCUGGAAUCCCAUGCAGUCAUGUUGUCUCUUGCAUUUGGAGCAUCAGGAAAAAACCUGAAGGAUAUGUGUCUCCAUAUUAUAGCAAGCUUACAUUUGGAAAGUGCUAUGCUAACAUUGUGUAUCCAAAUAAUGGACCACAACUUUGGACCAAUGUUGACCAUGUGCCAAUGUCUCCUCCUGUCAUGAGAAGGGCAAUUGGCCGCCCUAAGAAGAUGAGGAACAAAACAUCUGAUGAGCCAAAGAAUCCCUUUGUUCUUCCUAAGAAGUUUGGAACUGUCACUUGCAACAAAUGUGGACAAGUUGGAAACAACAAGAGGAGUUGUAAGGGAAAGAGGGCAGCUGAUAGGCAGAUACCUAAAGGGGGAAACAAGGCAAAGAAAUCUAAGACAACCAAUAAGGCGAAGAAGAUUAAUGGAAAAGAAAAACCAGUUGAGAUUGGUCAACGAUCUCAGGCACCUCAACCAACUCAGGAUUAG